AUGAAAACCUUUUCAGCAACCCGUGUUCUCAGCUUUUCUGUGGCUUUAGGACAAUGCCUAGCUACCGUUACACAGGGAGUCUCUGACAACGUCUACAACCGUCUGGUUGAGAUGGCCACCAUCUCCCAAGCUGCUUAUGCAGACUUGUGCAAGAUUCCAGCAACCAUAACCGCCGUGGAGAAGAUAUACAACGCCCAGACGGAUAUCAACGGAUGGGUUCUCCGUGAUGAUAGUCGUCAGGAAAUUAUCAUCGUCUUCCGCGGCACUGGAAGUGAUACAAACUUGCAGCUCGAUACCAAUUACACUCUCGCUGCUUUUGACACCUUGCCUGAAUGUGUCGGUUGUGCCGUGCAUGGAGGUUACUAUCUUGGAUGGAUCUCUGUCCAAGAUCAGGUCCAGUCACUCGUUCAAAAGCAGGCCACGCAGUAUCCGGAGUAUGCACUGACGGUCACGGGUCACAGUCUGGGUGCCUCGAUGGCAGCAAUAACUGCCAGCCAGCUAUCCGCUACAUAUGAUCAAGUCAGCCUGUACACCUUCGGCGAACCGCGGACUGGUAACCAGGCCUACGCAUCGUAUAUGAAUGAAUAUUUCGAAGCGGCGAGCCCCGAGACCACCCGGUUCUUCCGGGUCACCCAUGCCAACGAUGGCAUCCCAAACUUGCCCCCGGCGGAACAGGGCUAUGUCCAUUCUGGUGUUGAAUACUGGAGUGUUGAGCCUCACAGCGCUUAUAGCACGUCUGUCUGCACUGGGAACGAGGUCCAGUGCUGCGAGGCUCAAGGAGGACAGGGGGUGAAUGAUGCUCAUGUAACUUACUUUGGGAUGGCGAGUGGAGCUUGCACCUGGUAG